CCGAUUCUCCCCUUACUCCGGAGCUCACUUCGGAACCAGUACCUGGAAAAGUCAAAGUCCCCCAAAUCGGGCUAUAUGAUGGAACAUCUGACCCUGACUCGCACCUCGGUCAUUAUACUUCUUGGAUGGAUCUGCAUGGGGCCUCAGACGCACUUCGGUGUCGUAUGUUUUCCCUUACACUGGGACCUCAGGCUCAAAAAUGGUACCAUUCUCUUCCUCCUCAUUCAAUUUGGAAGUGGCAACAACUGAGGUCGGCUUUCCGAUCUCAUUUCAUCGGGGCUCAAGUAUGCCUUAUCCCAAAAGGAUCUCUUGCGAAUAUCACUCAAAAAGAUGAUGAAAGUGUCAAGGAUUAUAUUGCCCGGUUCAAUGACCGAGUUCAGAAUAUGGAACCUUGUCAUCCUGAAACCUUGCUUGUCAUGGCUAUUGCUGGAUUGAAACCGAAUUCAAUUUUCCGCUGGACACUAUGCCCAAAUAAACCGAACACUUUUCAAGAAUUUCUCGCUCGAGCCCAGCAGCACAUCAUAGCGGAAGAAGCCAUGUCAGUUCCCGAUUUUAACUUUAACCCGAAGUCUUCUAAAGCGGGAACCGACGAAAAAAGGAAGAAUAAAUUUUUCGACAAGCAAAAUAAGACUCAAUUCAGGGGGCCUCCCCGAGGAGACCCCAAUGAUCCUGAAGUCCGAGCGGCCCGAAAACAGUACGCAACCGACGUGAAGUCCAGUUAUCAAACUCCCAUCGGCGAAUUCACUUUACCUGUCCGAUUCGGCACUUCGGAGAAUGCCACCAAACUCGUCAUGGAAACUUUCAAGGUUAUGGAUAUCAAUAAUGAGUACAACGCCAUCAUUGGCAGAACGGCAUUGUAUAAACUUCGAGCUGCAGUUUCUAUCUUUCACUACGCCUUAAAAUUCCCGACAACCCGAGGAGAGGGAACCCACUUCGGAGAUCAAAGAGAAGCUCGCAAACUUGUUACUUUUAUCCCAUCCAGUGGAGUUCAUUCAACUUCAAUGGGUAAUAAUGAAGCUUCCCCACAGCAACACGCUUCAGACGGCGCGGUCUCCGAAGAACCAAACACCCACGUCGACGAUUCCUCCACCUCGGAUCCUUUAACCGAAGACCGAGGUCGCCGGCCUGGGAAGGAGCCACUACUUGAAGAGGACGAGUUGGACCCCAGAGCCUUGUUCAAAGAAAAAAGCCGAAGUGAUCGGGCCGAACCAGGAGAAGACGUAGAAUUGAUCUAUAUCGAUGAACCAGUGUUCCAUAAAUCACUGCGUAUUGGAAGUCAUCUUCAAGAACCACUUCGGUCAGAACUUAUCUCGUUUCUCAAACAUAAUUCUGAUGUUUUUGCUUGGAAGCACGAGGAUAUGAAGGGCAUCGACCCCGGUGUCGCUAGCCACAAACUAAACCUCGAUCGAACAAUCCGGCCUGUUGUGCAAAAGAGAAGGAAACUGGGGCCGGAUCGUCAGAAGGCGUUGGAAGAAGAAGUCAAAAAACUCAUUGACAACAAGUUCAUCAAGGAAGCCAAAUACCCGACGUGGGUCUCAAAUCCUGUUCUUGUUAAAAAGAGCAAUGGACUGUGGAGACUGUGCAUUGAUUUUUCCGACCUCAACAAGGCAUGCCCAAAGGACACUUAUCCACUUCCCCACAUAGAUUACAUGGUUGAUGCCACGUCGGGACAUGAGUUGAUGAGUUUCAUGGACGCUUACUUCGGCUACAAUCAGAUUCCUAUGGAUCCUGAAGAUUCUGAACACACUUCAUUCUAUUCGGCCCGAGGCUUGUACUGUUAUACUAUGAUGCCGUUCGGAUUAAAGAACGCCGGAGCCACAUAUCAACGCCUUGUCAACAAAAUGUUCGCUACGUUGAUCGGUCACACCAUGGAAGUUUACGUUGACGACAUGCUCGUCAAGUCGGUGCACGCCUCAGAUCAUAUAACACAUCUUCAAGAUAUGUUUUCCAUCCUUCGAUCUUAUUCCAUGGUCUUAAACCCUAAGAAAUGUACUUUUGGAGUUGAGUCCGGAAAGUUUUUGGGCUAUAUGGUUAGCCAGCGCGGAAUUGAAGCCAAUCCGGCCAAAAUAAAGGCCAUUCAAGAGCUAACUCCCCCAACCUCGGUUAAGGGCGUUCAGGCCCUAACCGGCCGACUUGCCGCACUCAACCGAUUCAUCUCCAAGUCUACAGAUCGUUGCAGACCCUUUUUUGAAGCAAUUAAGAAAGGAAAACGUUUUGAAUGGACCGAGGAAUGCCAAAAAGCUCUUGAUAGUAUCAAGAAGACGCUAGUCUCUCCCCCGACUUUGCAAAAGCCGAAACCCGAGGAAAUGUUGUUCUUAUACCUCGGAGUCAGUGAUUCUGCCAUUAGCGCUAUUUUGAUACGCGAAGAGGGAUUGCUGCAAUCACCUAUCUAUUACGUCAGCAAAGCCUUGCACGAUGCCGAACUACGUUACCCUCCGAUGGAAAAGUUGGCGUUUGCACUUGUGAUUGCAGCCCGGAAAUUGCGACCUUAUUUCCAAGAACAUUCUAUAACUGUUCGCACUUCAUAUCCACUUCGGCAAAUCUUGCACCGACCUGACACCUCGGGACGCAUGGUUAAGUGGGCCAUUGAGCUCGGACAGUUCGACAUCCAUUAUCAACCGAGGACUGCAAUCAAGGCUCAGGCCUUAUCUGACUUUAUCGCCGAGUUCACUCCGGCCAUCACAGUUCAUAAUGAUAAUCAACCAUGGGUCCUCUAUAUUGAUGGCUCCUCGACAGCUAACCGAGCAGGCGCAGGGAUAGUCUUAGCUGAUCCAGAAAACCGGUUAUUCU